AUGGGAAAUUACAAAUCUAGACCAACCCAAACUUGCACUGAUGAGUGGAAGAAGAAAGUCAGUGAAUCUUACAUUAUUAUAAUAGAAAGAUUACAAGAUGACCUGCAGAUCAAGGAAAAAGAAUUAACAGAACUACGGCAUGUAUUUGGCUCUGAGGAUGCCUUCAAUAAAGUCAACUUGAAUUAUCGCACUGAAAAUGGAUUAACUCUCUUUUGUGGAGACAAUAAGUCACAUAUUCGAAGCCUUAUGUUAAAAGGGCUCUGCCCAUCCCAGCUGACAAGAAAUGGAUUUACAGCAUUGCACCUGGCAGUUUACAAGGAUAGUGCAGAACUUAUCACUUCCCUGCUUCACAGUGGAGCAGAUAUACAGCAGGUUGGAUAAGGUGGCCUCAAGGCCCUCCACAUUGCUGUGAUAGCUGGCCACCUAGAGGCUGCUGAUGUGUUACUGCAACAUGGAGCAAAUGUCAAUGUUCAAGAUGCAGUUUUUUUCACUCCAUUGCACAUCACAGCUUACCAUGGGCAUGAGCAGAUAACACGCCUUCUUUUGAAACUUGGUGCUGAUGUAAAUAUAAGUGGUGAAGUUGGAGACAGACCACUCCAUCUAGCAUCUGCAAAAGGAUUACUUAAUAUUGCAAAACUCCUAAUGGAAGAUGGGAACAAAGCAGAUGUGAAUGCUCAGGAUAAUGAAGACCAUGUUCCACUCCAUUUCUGUGCUCAUUUUGGGCAUCACGAUAUAGUGAAAUAUUUGCUUCAAAGUGAUCUGGAAGUUCAACCUCAUGUUGUUAACAUCUAUGGAGACACCCCUUUGCACCUGGCAUGCUACAAUGGUAAAUUUGAAGUUGCUAAAGAAAUCAUUCAAGUAACAGGAACUGAAAGUCUGACUAAAGAGAACAUCUUCAGUGAAACAGCUUUUCACAGUGCUUGUACCUAUGGCAAGAACAUUGACCUGGUUAAAUUUCUUCUUGAUCAGAAUGUUGUAAACAUCAAUCACCAAGGACGAGAUGGCCACACAGCUUAUAAUCUUGAAAACUUUGCUUUUGAAAUAAUUUUCAGCAAAAUUAAAGUUAAGAGGUUUAAGUGGAGGGAGGUGAAGUCUUCUGCAUGUCAGCAAGAAAAGAAGACAAGUAAAAGGGAGCACAGGGGAACAGAAAAUGAAAAAGCCUUCAAACUGCAAGGGAAUCGCAAAACUGUUAGAGGAAGUGGAGCCAAGAGAGCUGUUGAAAUGAAAGGUAACACCGUGGGUGUGAUCACUGACUCACACAGGCUUUCAGGACCAGGGAUGCAGCUUUCUGCUCACUGGGGAGAGUGCGAGGACUUCUUCCCUGUCAGCCAGUUUGACAGAGGGGCUGAUAUGGGCCAGAAGGUACCACAUUUUCAGAUCGGACAUGAUGCCAUCGUCACACUUCUGAAGCAUUAUAAGAGACCCCAGGAUGAAUUGCCUUGUAAUGAAUAUUCUCAGCCUGGAGGAGAUGGCUCCUAUGUGUCUGUUCCAUCCCCUUUGGGAAAGAUUAAAAACAUGACAAAAGAGAAGGCAGAUGUUCUCCUCCUGAGGGCUGGACUGCCUUCACAUUUUCAUCUUCAGCUGUCAGAAAUUGAGUUCCAUGAGAUUAUUGGCUCAGGUUCUUUUGGGAAAGUAUAUAAAGGACGCUGCAGAAAUAAAAUAAUGGCUAUAAAAAGUUAUCGAGCCAACACCUACUGUUCCAAGUCGGAUGUGGAUAUGUUUUGCCGAGAGGUGUCCAUUCUCUGCCAGCUCAAUCGUCCCUGUGUAAUUCAGUUUGUGGGCGCUUGCUUGAAUGAUCCCAGCCAGUUUGCCAUUGUCACUCAGUACAUAUCUGGAGGUUCGCUGUUCUCCCUUCUUCAUGAGCAAAAAAGGAUUCUUGAUUUGAAGUCUAAAUUGAUUAUUGCAGUAGAUGUUGCCAAAGGUAUGGAGUACCUUCACAACCUGACACAACCAAUUAUACAUCGUGAUUUGAACAGUCACAAUAUUCUUCUCUAUGAGGAUGGCCAUGCUGUGGUGGCAGAUUUUGGAGAAUCACGAUUCCUCCAGUCUCUGGAUGAAGACAACAUGACAAAACAACCUGGGAACCUCCACUGGAUGGCCCCCGAGGUGUUCAUGCAGUGUACGAAGUAUACCAUCUAAGCCGAUGUCUUCAACUAUGCCCUGUGCCUAUGGGAACUGCUCACUGGGGAAAUUCCCUUCGCUCAUCUCAAGCCAGUGGCUGCAGCAGCGGACAUGGCUUAUCACCACAUCAGGCCACCCAUUGGCUAUUUCAUUCCCCAGCCCAUAUCUUCUCUGCUGAUGCGAGGGUGGAAUGUCUGGCCCGAAGGAAGACCUGAGUUUUCUGAAGUUGUUACAAAGUUGGAGGACUGUCUCUGCAACAUUGAGCUGAUGUCUCCCGCAUCGAGUAACAGCAGUGGGUCUCUCUUACCUUCUUCUUCUUCUGAUUGCCUGGUGGGCCAGGGAGGGCCUGGACGGAGCCAUGUCACAGCUUUGAGGAGCCGUUUUGAGUUGGAAUAUGCUCUAAAUGCGAGGUCCUAUGCUGCCUGCCCCCAAAGUGUUGGAUUGUGUCCCUCUCAGAGCUUAUCUUUGGAGGAAAUGAAGAGAAGUCUCCAGCACUAACCCAUUGACAAAUAUGGCUACGUGUCUGACCCCAUGAGCCCCAUGCAUUUGUAUUCUUGCCGGAACAGUGGCAGCUUUGAGGACAGCAGCUGA